GCAGAUAAGCAAGGAAGAUACAACAAUAUACAGAGAGAGAGAAAGAUAUCAUCGUGUGAUUCCUGGACAAAACCCUAAGAUUCUCCUCUUUUAUUCAGUUUCUCAGAGGGUUAUUUAAGUUUCUCGAUACCAAUCACAAAGGCGUUGGCUUUUUUUUUUCCACAGUUGAAGAGAUGGAGAACAGAGGACAGAAACGAAUGGAGGUUGUGGGGGAGCCACCUGCUGAUAAGAGAGCUUGCAACUCACAGGACUUCACAUCUGGCGCCUCCUCUGUUCAGGCUCAACAAGCCAAUGGUAACACUGAUGCUGACAUGGACACUUCUUCGUCUGCCUCUCCUUCGAGUCGUUCAGGUGGAGAACAAGACAGGGAGGAGGAGGAGGAGGAGGAGGAGGACUACGGAUCCUGCGAUUCUGAUGAUGCAGAUCCGAGGAGGAGGGUGCUUCAGCGGUAUCAGAGGGGGAGAUCAACAGGCGAUCAGCUGAAACUGAAGUCCCUCGUGACGAGGUUGAGUGAAGAAAACGAUCCUUCUCUGCAGUUGACUGGUCUUACGGAGCUCUGUGAAGUGUUGUCUUUCUGUACUGAAGACUCUCUGUCCAGUGUGAUGGCUGACUUGCUCUCGCGUGUGCUUGUUAAGUUGGCUAAGCAUGAGAGCAAUGCUGAUAUCAUGUUGCUCGCGAUCAGAGGGAUUACUUACUUGUGUGAUGUUUAUCCGCGGUCGGUAGCGUUCCUUGUUAAACAUGAGACCGUUCCUGCUCUCUGCCAAAGACUACUGACGAUUGAGUACUUGGACGUUGCUGAGCAGUGUCUGCAAGCACUUGAGAAGAUAUCCAGAGAUCAGCCAGUAGCAUGCUUGAACGCUGGAGCAAUUAUGGCAGUGCUUUCGUAUAUCGAUUUCUUCUCAACAAGCAUACAGAGAGUCGCAGUUUCUACUGUGGUGAAUAUAUGUAGGAAGCUUCCAUCUGAGCCUCCCUCGCCUGUCAUGGAUGCUGUUCCAGUAUUAUGCAAUCUUCUUCAGUAUGAAGACCGACAGCUGGUCGAGAGUGUCGCUAUUUGCUUAACAAAAAUAGCAGAUCAAGUUAGCCAGUCACCUACAAUGUUGGAUCAACUAUGUAGCCAUGGACUAAUCCAUCAAUCCACACAUCUUUUAAACUUGAACAGCCGGACCACCCUAUCUCAACCUGUUUACAACGGCGUGAUUGGAUUGCUAAGAAAACUAUCUUCUGGUUCAACUUUAGCUUUCAGAACAUUGUAUGAGCUUAACAUUGGCUACAGACUAAAAGAAAUCAUAUCCACCUAUGACAUUUCUCAUUCAGUGUCGUCUACACAGCCCCUCAAUGCAUGUUCCAACCAGGUGCAUGAAGUCUUGAAGUUGGUAAUUGAGCUUCUUCCAGCUUCACCUGUAGAUGAUAAUCAGCUGGCAUUAGAAAAGGAAAGUUUUCUUGUAGAUCAGCCUAAUCUCUUGCAACAAUUUGGAGCAGACAUGCUUCCUGUUAUGACUCAGGUACUAAAAUCUGGAGCUAGCGUUUAUGUUUCUUAUGGUUGCCUAUCAGCAAUUCACAAGCUGACUUGCUUAAGUAAGUCAGACGAUCUUGUCGAGUUACUGAACAAUGCUAACAUUUCAAGUGUUUUGGCGGGGAUUUUGUCAAGGAAAGAUCAUCAUGUGGUCGUUGUUGCACUACAGAUUGCUGAAGUGCUUCUUAAGAAAUACAGAGAUGCUUUUUUGAAUUCCUUCAUAAAGGAGGGUGUCUUUUUCGCAAUUGCAGCACUCCUAACUUCUGAUAGGGGACAACAGAUCAAUCCAGUAUCCGGUUUCAUUCAAGGAUCUGUUCCGAAAGAGAUUGUGAAAUGCUUGUGCCAAUCUUUUGAAGGAUCAGCUUCCUCUUCUUCACAAACUUGCAAGGUUGGAAAUGAUUCUGUCUACAUCCUCGCAACACGUAUCAAGGAGAGUUUCUUUGGACCUGAGGUAUUCGACUCUCAGAAAGGCUUGACGGAUGUCCUCCAGAGCCUCAAGAAUCUGUCGGCAGAACUUAACGAUUUGGUGACUGUACCUGUUGACACGCAUGUCCUGCAUGGUGAGAGGUUCUUCUCAAUAUGGAAUCAAAUCAUGGAAAGGCUGAAUGAAAGGGAAUCUGUGUCCACUUUUGAAUUUACUGAGAGUGGAGUUGUGAAGGCUGUGGCAAAUUAUAUGUCUAAUGGACUCUACGAAAGGAAACUCAGCAAAGGCGACCCUGAAUGUGAUAGUUUACCACUUGUUGGUAACAGAUUUGAAGUGUUCACAAGAUUACUUUGGUCUGAUGGCGAGGCAACUCCAUCCGUGUUGAUACAGAAGCUCCAAAACUCCUUAUCUUCUUUAGAAAACUACCCAAUUGUCCUAAGCCAGUUGUUGAAGCAAAGGAACUGUUUCGCUGCCAUUCCGAAUGGGCGUUGCAUAAGUUAUCCAGUCCUAAGAGUUCGUUUUGCUAAAGCAGAGGGGGAGACUUGUCUGCGUGAUUACUCCCCAAACUUUGUUACCGUUGACCCACUUUGCUACUUGGACGCUGUCGGUCAAUGCCUGUGGCCCCAAGUGAAUUUGAAACCUUUAAAUUCCGUCGAAGCGAAAGAUCAGGCUAUAGAAUGUCAAUCUUCACAACUGCAGUCAACUUCGAUAUCUUGUCAAGGUGAAAGCUCAAGCCAUAUGGAGAUUGACAGUCCUAAUGCAUCUCAGUUGCAGGGAUCUCAAGAGGAGGAAGACCAAGAUCACCUUAUAGAUUCAGGAGAAGAGAAUUCUUCCUCAUCUAAAGAAGAGGAUGUGCGACCUCGACUUCUGUUUCGUCUGGAAGGGCUUGAACUAGACCCCUCUUUGACUGUUUAUCAGGCAAUUCUCUCGCACAAACUAAAAUCAGAAAAUGAGACUACCAACGAUUCAAAGCUGAGUGGACACCACACCAUCACUUACGAAAGGGCUCCACAGCUUGCAGAGUCUCAUGAAAAUCUGUUUCCUCUCGGAUCUAUGGACAACGACGAGCAUCACCCGUUUUUAUCCUACUUGUUUGCUCAUAGACUCGGUUUGCGCCACAGAGUGACAAGUCCUCCUGCGUAUGCCAUACUAUUUCUGCUUAAGAGUCUGGAGGGCAUGAACAGAUUUCUCUUUCACCUGAUUUGUCAUGAAAGGAUUAAUGCUUUUGGGGAAGGUAGGCUGGAGAGUUUGGAUGAUCUAAGGGUGCAGGUUCGUCCGGUGCCAUAUGCUGAGUUUGUUAGCUCUAAGCUUACAGAGAAGUUGGAGCAGCAGCUGCGUGACUCGUUUGCUGUGUCAACCUGCGGUCUACCACCGUGGUUUAAUGAUCUAAUGGAUUCAUGCCCAUUCCUGUUUAGUUUCGAAGUCAAAUCUAAAUACUUCCGACUUGCAGCAUUCGGUCCACAGCAAGUCCAUAAUCAGACACAACACCUUGGCAGUUCAAAUGUUCAUGGUGACGGGCGCUCAGUAACUGUUAGCUUACCUCGUAAAAAGUUUUUAGCUUGCCGUGAAAAGAUUCUGGAGUCUGCUGCGAAAAUGAUGGACCUACACGGCACCCAGAAGGUGGCCGUUGAGGUUGAGUACAGUGAAGAAGUCGGAACUGGCCUUGGGCCAACGCUGGAGUUCUACACACUUGUCAGUAGAGCAUUUCAAAAUCCGGAUCUUGGUAUGUGGAGGAGUGAUCCUAGCUCCUUGGCUGGAAAACCAAUGGUACCUCCUUCAGGACUCUUUCCACGCCCUUGGUCAGCUACAUCAGCUGCUUUUCCAGGUGUGCUGCAGAAGUUUGUUCUCUUGGGGACAGUGGUAGCCAAGGCUCUACAAGAUGGACGAGUCUUGGACAUUCCUUUCUCUAAAACCUUCUAUAAACUAAUUCUCGGACAGGAGCUGAGUUCAUUUGACAUUCACUUCGUUGACCCUGAGCUUUGUAAGACACUGGUGGAAUUACAAGCUCUGGCACUUAGGAGAAAGGUUAUCUCAGAAUCACAAAGUGAUGUCCGAGCAGGCAAGAGUGAUUUAAGUUUCCGUGGAACAAAGAUUGAGGACCUUUGUCUUGAAUUUGCCCUGCCUGGGUACACGGACUAUGUUCUCGCUCCCCAGUUUGCUAAUGAUAUGGUAAAUUUGGAUAACCUCGAGGAGUAUGUAAAGGCUAUUGUCAAUGCUACAAUAUGUGACGGGAUCCAAAAACAAGUGGAAGCGUUUCGGUCUGGAUUUAACAAAGUUUUCCCUAUUGAACAUCUUAAGAUAUUCAAUGAAGAAGAACUGGAAACUUUGUUGUGUGGAGAACGAGAUCUCUUUAAUAUGAAUGAAGUCUUGGACCACAUCAAGUUUGAUCAUGGUUAUACUUCUAGCAGCCCACCAGUUCAAAAUUUGUUGGAGAUUCUGCAUGAGUUUGACAAGGAGCAACAGCGAGCUUUUCUGCAAUUUGUAACAGGAUGUCCUCGGCUACCCCCUGGCGGUUUGGCGUCUCUCAGUCCCAAACUUACCAUUGUCCGCAAGCACGGUAGUGAUUCAUCAGAAACAGACCUGCCUAGUGUGAUGACAUGCGCCAAUUAUCUGAAACUUCCACCUUACUCUUCCAAAGUGACAUCUCUCUUUAUCUUUGUUUAACCACUCUUUUUCUCUGGACAAUAGCCGGUCUCAGGAUCGAUCUCACUGUGUUGUGUUUCUGCUUUUUGUUUUCUUGUCUGUGUAUCGCAGGAAAAGAUGAAGGAGAAGCUGAUCUAUGCCAUAACCGAAGGGCAAGGUUCCUUCCACCUCUCUUGAGUUAGCAUCUUGUAAAAAUUAGCAGAAGCGGUAGGAGAAGAGAAGAGUGGAAUGUUAGAAGAAAACAAGAGGAUGCUCUUCCUUCACAUUGGGUUUAAUGUUUUCUUUUAUUAGGAUUUUGUACAAAAGAAAUAGUAAUCAGUAGAAAUAGAAAGACAUCAAAACUUUAUUUCUUUUCUUUUGGACGUUGAUGUGUGCAUAGAAAAAUCUAACUCCCAUUUUGGAAUAAUAUAUAAAUAAAUAAUUUCGAAGGAA